CAGGCCGUAUGAACCCUACAGUCCAACAGCAACAACAACAACAACAACAAUAUUGCAAGAUUGCACCACUUUUCGAAAAGCAAUCUUGAAAUAUACAACAUGAGUAGCGACGAUGAGGAAGACAUUUUCUGUUACACGCCACUAUACAGGAGUCGGACCCAGAGCUCAUCACAGCUGCGGGAAAGAAAACCUUCUCGACUUUCUUUAUCUCAGAGGAAGAAUUCAGUUAAUCACUUAAGAGUUUCUUCAAAAGCAUGUGAAAAUAAACUGACAUCAAGCUCACACAAUGUUAAAGCAAACACUUCUUGUGCAACAGCAACCAUAGGGAAGAGGAAGAGUGUUGAAAGUGGUCUCCCAGAGAAUGACCACAAGACAGCUGAACUAGACAAGCUAGAUAGUGAUGUCUGCCCUUCAUGUAUGAUGCCAUGGAAGGAAUAUGAUAGAACUGGGAAGUCACGAGUGUUUCACACGGAUGAGUGCUUGGAUUUAGAUUUUUCCAUUAAAGAAGAAUGUAAAGAUGGUAUUGAAUGUUGUUCAAUAUCUGAAAGUCACUUUUGGAACAGCACACACAAGACCCUUGCAGAACUGCAUUCUCAGCAUGUGGGUGCAUUAACUCACAAUCUCUCUCAAAGUAAGAAACAAGAUCAGAACAAAAAAAAGAAACUUCACUCCCCCAGUGAAGACUCAGGCUAUGAAGACGUGGCAGUAGCUGGUCCCUCGAAACUCAGAGAAUCCACUUUUAAUUCAUCAGGAAAAAACAAAAAAUCUUGUAGUAUCAACUCACAAAGUGAGUUGAAUGAUGGACAUGUAAAUUUAGAUUUAGAUAACAGUAUACCACUGUUCAUUCUUGAUUCAGAUGAUACUAGUGAUGAUUCGACUGAAAUUUUUUCAGCAAAGGAACUGUUGCAAAACAAGCAUUCAUCUGAUGUAAGUUCAUCUAGUAAUGAAUUUAGUAAACCUAAGCAUUUUAAUAGCAUCAGUAAACAUUCUUCACCAAGCAAAGUUUGUAAAGGAAAUGAUUCAGUUAAUUUUUGGAAAAUGCAGAAAUCCCAAAUCUUGAUCUGGGGUCUGUACUCAAAACUACUCAGCACUAUCUUGAAGAUGAUGAGAACCCUCCAGCCAGAUUAUAAGGAGAAUGAAACCAAUGUGUCGAACAAUGAUGAAUAUAGUGAUACUACAAGAUGUUCUCUUGAAGACUUGCCUACCACACUUCAUCAAAAUGAUAAUAUUAAUACAGUGACAACUGAAAUUCAUAAUUUAAAGAAGUUAGAAUGUAAUAUAGAUAAUGCGACACGAAGUGAUGUUCAAAGCAAAGAAAAUGCUGAACUUUCACAUUUAAGGAAGCAAGUUGAUGAUAAUGAUGUUGACUCAGAAAUCUUUGAUGAUAAUAUCUUUGCACAGUUGGUAGAUAUGGCAGUGGAAAAGUACUUUGAUAAAAAUAAAAAUGAUAUGCCAUGUUGUGACUCUGCAGAAAAAAAGAAUCAAAGUAGUAACUCCAACAAAGAAUGUCCUGGGCAGCCAUCAUGUCAACCGUGUAUUCAUCUUCACUUUCAUCUUAAUGAAAUUCCAGAAAAAUUACCAGUGAAAGGUAGUGUUAAACAUUACAGAUACUGCAUAUCUCUCGCUGUCUCACUCUCUCGAUGGUUAAUUUGUGUGACACUGUAUUUUAUAUUUUUCACAGCUUGCAAGAAAUGUAAAACCAGUCAAAAACCUGCUGCCGAGAGCUGGAAACCUCUUAUGCAAAAGAUGCAGAGAAAACUGCGUCUUCCCAGUGUGUCUGACAGCUCUGAAUCUUCAAGAAAUCCCAAGGAAGUUAAUUUUGGAACUCAGCAAAGUGAUCAGAAUAAAAAAACAGCAUGGCAACAACGGAAAUGUCCUUUUUACAAGUACAUUCCAGAAACAAACAUUGUUGUGGAUGCUUUUUGCUAUGGUUAUCUUGAUGGUGUAAGUGCCUACUUCCUUACACACUUCCACUAUGAUCAUUAUAGAGGCCUCAAGAAGAGUUUUAAUCGUCCCAUUUAUUGCAGUGAAAUUACAGCUAAGCUUGUGAAUCUGAGGCUUGGUGUAGCUAAUCAGUUCAUAUUCCCUUUGCCUAUGGAGGAAUCAGUGGUAGUGUGUGGUCUAGAAGUUACACUGCUUGAGGCCAACCACUGUCCUGGAGCAGUGAUGUUUUUGUUCAAGCUAAGAACGGGUGCUACAGUUCUCCAUGUUGGUGAUUUCCGUGCUCACCCAAAGAUGGAAUCCUAUCCUGCAUUGUGGAACUGCUCCAUUGAUACUCUGUACUUGGAUACUACAUAUUGUAAUCCAGUGUAUAGUUUUCCUUCUCAAGAAGAUGUACUUGAAAAGUGUGUGUCAAUCGCUACAACCCAUGUUAAUGACAACUCUAAGACGCUCAUUGUUGUGGGAUCAUAUUCAAUAGGUAAAGAGCGGGUAUUCAGAGCCAUAGCCAUGUCUUUGAAUUGUCGUAUUUGGGCAAGUAACGAUAAACAGAAGAUACUAAGAUGUAUCCCAGAUGAAGAGAUACAAGCAAGACUCACCUCUGAUAAGUUCAGUGCCCAGGUUCAUGUCAUGCCCAUGAAUGACUUAAAACCAAAGAAGCUGAUGGAUUACAUAGAAACCAUGAAACCCCGGUACACAGCGGGUGUAGCCAUCCGUCCAACUGGUUGGGAGUAUUCAGAUAAUGAUGAAGACUUGGUUAACCUCUCUCCAAAACAGCAUGGAAAUGUUUAUAUGUAUGGCAUUCCAUACUCUGAGCACUCAAGUUAUGCAGAACUCAAACGAUUUGUCCAGUUUAUCCAUCCAAAAAAGAUCAUCCCUACAGUCAAUGUUGGCAAUUCCAAUACCAGAAAGAUGAUGGAGAAAGACUUCAGCGAGUGGUUGAGGAAACCUCGUGGCAGUAGUGUUGAACGGCUUUGGUAAAAAUCUAAUGUUUCUCUUUGAAAAAAUCUUCUUAUGUCCCUGUUAUUAUAUUAUCCUGAAUUCCCAGGUGUUCUUGCAUAUACAAAUGUCUCUUCCUUUAGCUACCUUGUUUCUUACCUGUUAUAUUCUUUUCUUUUUAUUGCCACACCUUACUUUAACUCUGUUAAGUGAGGUGUUGAAAAUUAUUCACAGUAAGUACAUGCUUUCAGACAUUCCUUUAUUACCAAGGUGAUAUCUAGUCUCAUCCUAAUGUUUUUGCAGUACAGUAAAGUAGUUUCUUUACUCUAGUUAUUUCAGUGAGAUUCAUCUUAUUUGGCUGUGGAAAGUAGGUUUUUUCUUUUUAUGCUCCAUGGGGAAGUGGAACAGAAUUCUUCCUCCAUAAGCCAUGUAUGUCAUAAGAGGCAACUAAAAUGCCUGGAGCAAGGGGUUAGUACCCCUUCUCUUGUAUAAAUUACUAAAUUUAAAAAGAAAUUUUUUUGUUUUUCUUUUAAGGUCACUCUGCCUUGGUGAGAAAUGGCUGGUUUGUUGAAAGAAAAAAAUAAUUUUAUUUGUGGUGAUGUAUUAAACCCAUAGGGGUCAUUCUGUGCCAGGGGACUGGAAGGUCCUCAAAUUUAGUUCAAGGAUGUGGGCAGGUCUAAUUCCUUUGAUCAAGAGCCCCUCUCCAGGAGUCUUGUAUAUUGUAAAUACUCUGGCAUUUUAUAUUUUAUACUUCACAUUUUUUAUUCAAGAAAAUUUUGACUUCAAACUAAAUGCACUGUUUCUUUGAUCUUUACACAAACAGCUGAGUAUUUCAUAAAAGCCAUUCAUGAAUUAAGAGGUCAGAGCUUUUCUAAAUAUCUAAUUCUUUUAGAAAACUGGUUGUAUCGCAUCAAGGCAGGGUGGCUCAAAAUGAAUAGUGAUAGUUUCUCCUUUUAAAUUUAGUAAUAUAUACAGAAGGGGUUACUAGCCCCUUGCUCCCAGCAUUUUAAUUACCUCUUAUGACAUGCAUGUUUCUCUAAAUAUACAGUACUGAAAUAGGUAAUUAGAUAGGUAGGGUCCAAGAGUUUGAAACUCAGUUCCAAAACUUACAAUUUUGUAUACACACCCCUGCCUUCCCUUCCUUGCUCUUAUUUUCUUACUCUCUCAUUUUGUAGUUUCCUCAGUCCUUUCCUGUCUUUCUUCCUAUCUCUCCUUCCUUCCUAUCUGCCUUACUUCAUACCUUUUUAUCUGCUGAUCAACAUUCUUACCUAUCAACAACUUUUCUACUCAUCAUCCCACCUUUCUAUAUUCCUAUCUUUUUCCUUUCUAUAUUCCUCCUGACAUCCUACUUCCCUUUGUAUAUUCUUCCUUCAUUUCUGUUGUUGUACUUUACUACCUUUUUCUGUUCCUUACCUUCCUUCCCUAUAUACCCUCAUAUACCACAAUUUGUAUAUGAAUUCCUAAGUUUUUCCAACUGUGGUAAUUUAUAUAACAAGAAAUGUAGUUCUGUUGUAUUAUCAUUUUGUAAAGUGAUUGUAGUAAAUUUAUUAAGGUGUUUUCUUUAUGAAUUUGAAUAUGUUUUUGUGCCAUUUACAACAGAUUGAAUAUGUAAAGAAACGUGAGGUACGGGGAUAGUACGGGUGAGCCUGACAAAUUUCAAGUUUUAUGGCAAAAGACUUCACCAUGUGGGUAAAAUUGACAGCGAUAUUUUUAAUGUAACAGGCUCAAAAAGUAGACAGUUUUAAUGGGAAAUGCAUUAGAAAAAUGUGUAAAGAUUAUUGUGAGAAUAUACACUCUGCUGUAAGUAAUGAUAUAGAAAUACAAUACCAAUUAUAUGUUAGGUGAGGUGCUUGCUGUAAUGUUGCAUGCCGUUAUGUUAUACAAAAUUCCAUAUGCGAUUCCGGAGGAUUGAGGGUCCAUUAACCUGUAAACGGUCCAAGCAGAUCUACGUUCAUAUGUGUAGUGCUACAAAAGUAGAUCUACAUUUUUUUUUACAUAUUUUCAAAUAUAACAAAAAAAAAGUAGAUCAAAGUUUUUUUACACAUUUUCAAAUGUAAAAAAAAACAAAAAGAAGAUCUACUUUUUUUACAUACUUUCAAAUGUUGAAAAAAAUGUAUAUAUACGUUUGGACCGUUUACGGGUUAAUACCCUGAUACACCAGAACCAGGAGCAUUACUACCUGAUAAAUUCAUAAUUAACAUUAUUGACUUCCUCAGAUGUUUAGUAAAUGUCAAAAUAAUAAAGUCACGAGGCAAGAGAGAUGAGAAAAGUGGGCUAGAGGAAUUAGGGACGCAUGACAUAAGGCUACAUGCAGUGCUCAUCGGCUUAGCCAUGUCCCGAGUGUGGCAGAUUCGCUUCACUACCUGUUAAGUUUACAGUUUCUGUCCCUUGCAGUAAUCUCAAAUAGGUUGUUCCAUGUGCAUUUAUCUUUGUUCACUCUAUUUAUCUUCAGUGCAUCAUAUAUAAUAUACCUUAUUGCAUAAAAGGUCAACAUUUUAAUUAUAUCAGGAAGCAGGCAGCCAGUUGGAAUGACAGCUAGUGAUAAUAAUAACUUUAAUUCCCAACAAGACACAUUAGGGUUGUAAUAGCAGGUGUAUUUUUUUUUUUACAGUGAAAACCCAUAAUUAUGUAUAUUAUUUUUGGCAGUCUGAAGCUAGUACUACCACUGUGAUUAAUAGUUUUAAGUACUUUAUUUUUUAACUCCCCUGUGUGGAUAUAUUUAAAGAGUGCUUAUUAUGAAUCCAUGAAGGAGUCAUUUUUAUAAGAAAAGCAGCACACUAGACUAAUGGACUAUACAGGAGGGCCCCGCUUAUAAAGCACGUUAGGUUUUGAGUUACUGCUGUAAAGUGAAAGUCUUUUUUCACUUUCAAAUGUAUAUAAAAGCCUGAUAACAUGUUUACACUAACAUAUAUUAAGUGAGCAAUAGAGCUAGACCUAAAAAAUGCAUAUACAGUAUACACAUUACUUCUUUCAACAAACUGGCUGCAUCCCACUGAGGCAGGGUGACCCAAAAAGAAAAACGAAAGUUUCUCUUCUUAAAUUUAGUAAUGUAUAAAGGAGAAGGGGUUACUAGCCCUUUGCUCCCAGCAUUUUAGUCGCCUCCUACGACAUGCAUAGUUUACAGAGGAAGAAUUCUGUUCCACUUCCCCAUAGAGAUAAGUGGAAAUAAACAAGAACUAGUAAGAAAAUAGAAGAAAAUCCAGAGAGGUGUGUGUAUAUAUAUACAGUGGACCCCCGCAUAACGAUCACCUCCGAAUGCGACCAAUUAUGUAAGUGUAUUUAUGUAAGUGCGUUUGUACGUGUAUGUUUGGGGCUCUGAAAUGGACUAAUCUACUUCACAAUAUUCCUUAUGGGAACAAAUUCGGUCAGUACUGGCACCUGAACAUACUUCUGGAGUGAAAAAAUAUCGUUAACCGGGGGUCCACUGUACUUGUACAUGUAUGUGUAGUGUAAAUAGAAUUAUCAAGACGUACCUGAAAUCUGGCAAGUUUAUGAGAUGGGAAAAAAACGCCAGCAGUCCUACCAAUAUGUAAAACAGUUACAGGCUUCUUCAGUUGUAUACUUUUCAUAUUAUAGAAAGGCAUGUAUGUACCAAAACACUGGGAGCAACAUACUUAUCUUUUGCUCCAUAUUUAAUAACCACACAGGCAAAUAAAAAAAUUAUUUUUCUUUUAUGGUUAAACCGGUUUUCAUAGAAAAUGGUUGACUGAAAAAAAUAAUUAAAGCCUGCCAUCAUUAAUGAAGGGUCAGUUCAUAUGUAUUUGAUGCUCUGUUUUGGUGUACUAAGGCUCUUCUUCAUUGUUUAUUCAUAACAUAAAGAGAAAUUUCAACAAGUACUUGUUAAUUGUAGAGCUGUUUGUACCACAGCAGUGAAUGACAAGUUUCACCAUUCAGUGAUACAAAAAUAUAUACCGUAGUUUAUUUUCUAGGCACCAGUGUACAAAAUUUUAUUUAUUGAUUAUUCUGUUACAAAUUUUUAUAAGCUUAAACUUGUAAUGUUAAAAUAUAUUUUAUAGAAACCUGAAAUCAUUUUUAUGUUAGAAAACAACUUUUUUAUUAAAUAUUGUACAGUAAUUUAGAUUUGUCAUUAAAAAGAUCAGUUUUCUUUU